UUCGUAUACAGCCACGUUUCUUGCACCUUCUUGUGUGUCUUUGCCUUGAUUCAGGGUUGGUCUUCUUCAUUAUAUUCACCUGUGGCCUUUUGUCAUGAACUAUGCGAACUGUUUUUAGCGGGAGAGCUUGUCGCAAAACUUCGAUAUCAGCGUGAUAUCCUCGCAUCCAUUUUGAUUGAACCCCUUUAGCCGCCCUCUUCAACCCCCUCGACUCCUUUACCUGGAGCUCUAGACAAAGGUCUCUAGCGCUCUCACUAUGAGGGUAUCUCCUCUCCUUGCGCUUAUUGCCUGUCUCAUUCCGGCCUUACUUGCGCUUGUAGCGCAGGUACCUAAUGUUGAGCGCAACGAAUAUGGCACCCUUGUAGCGAGAGAAACCGCUCCUGAAACUACAGCUACGAGUACUACUACAACAGAUACAGAAAAAUCCUCUGCUGAUGUUCCAGUUACACGUACAACUGGCGCUGCAACAGUGAUAGGCAAUUCUACUUCUACUUCAACUUCGACCACGGCCACCUCGUCGGUGACGACAAUCCCUACAAUCAAUACUUCGGAACCAUCAAAUGAUGGUGCGAAUUCAACGGCGCCGGGGGCACUACCACUUGAGCCCGUGGUGACACCUGCUCUAGGGAUCGGCGGUUUCAUCCUUAUAGCUACGGGAUCGAUUCUCGCAGUGAUAGGAAUACGGAAUCUAUGGGUUCAAGUUUUUCUAUCCUCGGCGUUUUUGACCAGCUUGGGAGUUACUGUCUUGAUCGUUUAUGUCAUGAGUCCUCCGGUUCGAGUUGCAAUACAGGGCGCAUAUCUAGUCGCCAUUUUCUUUACCGGGAUCACAUUUGGAGCACUCUCUAUUGUGUUCAAGGAGUUGACAGAAGGGCUUGGAUGUCUCUUGGGGGGGUUCUGUACUAGCAUGUGGCUACUGACCACGAAACCCGGCGGUCUUCUCACAGACACCAAUGCGAGAACUGGGUUCAUUGGGGCGAUCUCCGUAGGGUUUUAUGCAAUCUCUUUCAGUCACUACACCCGCCCUUAUGGGUUGAUAGCCUCAACCGCCAUCGCUGGAGGUACAGCAGUGGCACUGGGAAUUGACUGCUUCAGCAAAGCUGGCUUGAAGGAGUUCUGGCUUUACAUUUGGGCAUUGAACGAUAACAUCUUCCCUCUUGAUACAAAUACCUACCCGGUUACCCGCAACAUUCGCGUGGAGCUCGCAGCUACAGUGAUAGUUGCUCUCAUGGGCGUGGUUUCGCAACUCAGGCUCUGGAAAGUAGUCCGAGAACGAAGGGCAAAAGAAGAAGAAAGACGCCAGGAAGAGCAGAAAUUGAAGGACGAAGCUGAAGCCGAGGCUGGAAAAAGACUAGAAGAGAAUAAUCUCAAGGAGAGGAUGGAAUGGGAAGCUAAGUACGGUGACUCUGGGAGCAGUUCAAGCUCCCCCACCAGCGUUCCAGAAGCACCCGACCUCCCAGAGCUUCCAGACAGCUCCAAAAAAUGUACUGCAGAUGAAGCAGGGGCCAAGGAAAAAGGCGAGGGCAUUGACAUGGAAAGCAUCACAGAUUCGGAAAGUUCAUACCGUUGCUCUGAAUGUAGGGCAAAUGAGGCGAACGACGAUGCCGCUUCGGAUGCGACUGGAGAGACUAAGGGCGAUGAAAAUGAACAUGGGGUUACUGAGGGCAAAACUAAAGCCUACCGUAAAGUUUUCGAUGGCGCUGUUGUUGCUAGGAUAGCGGAUGACAAGUGCUCCGAAGUGACUGCCACUGUGGGGUCUGAAACGGGUUCGGUGUACUCAAAGCGAUUGUCUAGGACACUUUCAAAAAAGGUACUUGCAGGGAGGAGUAGCAAGCCUAUUUCCGAGUCUCAAGAAGCACUCAUUACCAACGACGAUGAUGCCUUCUCCAUGCAAGGUAUUGUCGACGAAAUUAGCGACAUGGAGUCUGACUGCCGUACCAUAGCCGCAGAGAGUCAUCAUCAAGCGAUGGUCAAUACAGCACAGGCCCCAAAACACGAGGAAGACAAUAUGAUUGACGAAAAUCCGGUUAAGCCCGAAGCGAGGAUGGAAUCCGAGCUUGCGGAACGAGAUAUAGGAGACUCUCAGCUUGAAACAAGUGCUAACCCCAAAGUAUCUAUACCACAAAAUGGCAUAAAUGGAAGCUCUGAAAUGGAACAACCAACCGAUAAAAACGCAUCUAACGAGCGAAAGAAGUCGAAUGAUGAAGCCCGUGAAGAGCGGGCAGCUCCUGUGGAACCAAGCUCUCAAAAUUGUGAGCCCGAAAAGAACAAUGAGACGCAGGUCUCUAGGGAUGAUUCGCAACCCGCAACAAGAGUGCCAAAAAAGAAAGCAGACACUGACGCUGAGUCUGAAACUCAAGUCGAGAUUGUUGUCCGUGAUACAUCACCGCCUCAAGAAAAGGAAUCAGUUCCAGCAGGAAAUCACAAGAAAGAGCAGGCAACAGAAGAUGAUGUCGCUACACCACUGGAUGUGACAAAAGAACCCGAAACCAAAGAGGAGAGCGUUGAGUGCUUACAAGCCGAUGCAGGAUCUGCAUUAAACACCCUAGAAGACAGCGGAAACCCUCCAGAGCCUCGACGAAGCAAAAAGCUUGAAAAGGCUUCAGGCGAGCAAAAGUUCGCCGGGUCUGAACCUGAGCCUGUUCCUGUUCCUGUUCCCAAGCCAAAGAAACAAGAGCCCGCCCGAUUGAAUGCAGAAACAGUCCAGCAGAUUCCAAAGCAGACAUCGAGAGUUGUGCAAUCGUAUCGUACCAACGAGUGGGCGAAACAUUUAGCCGAUGCUGAGGUCCCUGAGCUGGAACCUAUCGCAGCCGUUGAACAGGAGGAAGCUGAAAAUCCCGUUGAGAAUGAAGAGGUUGCAGCACCGGUCAAAGUGACGGAACUACUGCAAACACCCUUAAAUGCGCAACCCCCGCCUGCUAUAGAGCCCCGAAUCUCGAGCGCACGGGAUGCAAACGACGGCCGGCGGGUGCCCAACAAUUCCCGAACCGAGUCACAGAAAAAGAAGAGGACCUCUAGGUCUCCUAAUCGGCUCUCUGGCGUAUCCGUCGGGUCCGGGCAUAAUCUUCCCCAAUACCCGUCCCCUGCAGCCCAAGUCCAGCCGGAUAGUCUUGCCAACAUGUUCUCCGCCACAUUGCUCUCACCUGUUGGUCCGGCUGAGCUAGUUCGAGAAGAAAGCGAGACUGUGAAACCACGGUGGAAAGGGCCACCUCCGCUCAUCGCUGUGCGGGAGGAUAUGAUGCGAAAUCGAUUGUCGUCCUUUUCCUUGGUAGCUGAUCCCUAUGCACGCAGCAGCCCAGGGCAAUCACCAACGGAUCUUUUGCCUCGGUACCCAUCGAACUUCCCUACCCUGGAAGCGGCGGCCGAUGAUGUGCCGCUCUCCCAACGUCGAACGAUGCUUCACCACCAAGCCACCACUUCAUCAUCCCCUGUGGCGAAUAUACCUUCCGUACCACCGCCCUGGCGGAGUCAAGGGGGGACACCGUCGAGGGCAAACUCCCCGGCCGCCUUAGCAGCGUGGAGAGAGUCAGUCCGAGAAGAUCUCCGAGAGAAGCGCAAUCCGUUGAAACUGAGUAACACCACGAUUGGCACCACUGGAGAUGGGGAUCGCGGCGCCUCCCCAUUCGGGCAAUUACAGCAGCAGCAGCAGCAGCAGCAGCAGCAGCGGAAUGUGUCCUCGGUCAGCAUUGGCGACAAGAUCGCGGAGGGGAUGCAGCGCGGUGACAUGAGUGACUUGCACCGAGAGGCAAUGCGACGAAUGCAAGCCAAGGCCAAUCAAAGUGCGAAUCAGCAAGUAUGACAAGGUAUUGGUUAUGAACAAGUUUUGUGAUGAGGAUUCCCCCUUUGUCUGGUUUUAUCCUUGAUGGUUCGUUUGAUGGUUUUAGCGAUGAGUUCAUGGGUUUCUCCUGUAAUUUUUAAUCCGGUUACGUGGUGUUGGGAGUGGAAAGAAGAGGGAUGGGUUGGACG